UUCUUGUUUCUCGCUCCACGCCUCCCAUUUCUCAUCAUCCCUCCUGCUCCCCUUCACCAUGAUCCUGAGUGGUAUGUUCCCAGCUACUACACACUCUUAGGUUUGCAUCCCAGUCAAUCAGACAGCCUGAGCAGUUCACACACACACAGACACACACAGUGAGACACGCCGUCUCUGACAGCACCUCACGCUGCAGCAUCGCUUCCUGACGGAAGGUGUGUGUGUGGCGGUCAGCGGGUGUGUGUGUCAGGAUGAGCGGCAGCAGAGUCGUGCUGUGAGUGGAUUCCCUCCCUGUACAUCACAUCACUGCAAGCUUGGCGCGAUUCAUCUUCCAGCCACAUGUCUUCUCCACGAUCCAGCAGCAGCAAGAGGAAUUCCUCGGAGCUGGACUCAGAGCAUGCCCAGAAGGUCCCAGAGGCGGACUCAGGACAGCAGCAGGUGAAGUUAAAAGAAAGGCAGAAGUUCUUUGAGGAGGCAUUUCAGCAGGACAUGGAGCAUUACCUGUCCACUAGCUACCUGCAGAUCGCCGAAAGAAGAGAGCCAAUAGGAAGCAUGUCUUCUAUGGAGGUAAAUGUGGACAUGCUUGAGCAGAUGGACUUGAUGGACAUGUCUGACCAUGAAGCAUUGGGUUUCCUCAACUCAGGUGCAGAGGACAACAGUGUGGCUUCUCCUAUACUGGAACCCGACGUGGAGUCGUUCGGAACCGAAAUCAGGCUCCAGGUCCCGACGCAGGCUGAGCUGAGGCACAAACUCGCCUCGCUUUCAUCCACCUGCACCGACUCAGCCAGCCAGGACACCCAGGAAGAGGAAGGUGACGAUGAAUUUGAGAGAGGUGGAGUCAGGCACGAGAGGGAGAAGAUCCAUGCUGAUGUACAAGCAGGACAGGAGAAUUCCUCCAAGAACUCUGUAAAUCGUGACUCUUCUACAUAGAGUACAGGGUUUUUCCAAACUGUACACUCCACCCCCAGUGUGUGUAUGUGUGAAAAUAUAAAGUGUUGUGUGUGUGUGUGUGUGUGUGUGUGUGUGUGUGUGUAAAUGGUAUUUUAUGAUCUCAUGAGGUUUUGUAUAGAAAUCCCCUGGUACAUACCAUUUAUCUGAUCCUCUUAUUAUACCAAAUCCCAGUUAUACUCGGUUUAUAGAAAGCUACAAUCACUAACGCUGUCGGUCUGAUUUUCCUGAGUGUUCAUUAUUAAAAAAUCAACUGGAACUGG